UGUGGAGCUCUGCCGCUGACCCUUCCCUCGGCGCAGGGCUCAAGCAGGAGCUCUUCCACCGGCACAAGGAGGCCCAGCAGUGCUGCAGGCCGCACAACCUGCCGCUCCUCCGUGCAGCCCAGCAGCGGGAGAUGGAGGUUUGGAAGACCAGUUUCCACAAGAUAGCUUGGGACUGGACUCACAGGAGGGAUAAUAUAGCUGUGGAACAACGAAUUCGAGAGGAACAGCGAAUGAUGGAUGAGAAAAUAGUCUUGGAACUGGACCAAAAAGUGAUAGACCAACAGAGCACCCUGGAAAAGGCUGGGGUGUCUGGGUUCUACAUCACCACAAACCCCCAGGAGCUGACGUUACAGAUGAACUUACUGGAACUGAUUCGGAAGUUGCAGCAGAAAGAAUCCCAGUCAGAGAAGGCUUUUUCCUGAACAAGCAAAUCUGCUGUUUUUCUUUCCAGAGUUUUCUUCUGACUUCCCUCUGAAAAAUAGACUGUUUAACACAUUUGCUCUGUGGUACAUAAGGCAGACGCUACUAGCCAUGAAGUGUAGAAGAGUUAGCUGAGGCCCAUAGAUAACCUUUAGAGAAUGGGGGAAGUGGACCCCCAGAGCAGAGGGGGUAGUUGGAGAGCAUCAGACUGCCUUUCCAGUCCUCAGAGCAAGAUGCAUGUUGCAAGUCCUGCUGUGUUGCUGCUGAUUGUAGCUGUUGAGGAAUUCCCAUUUACCUUCAUUCAGAGAGUCAAUCGGAAUUAGUAAUUCAUGGGUGUUCCUAAGAUGGUUCUUUAGUGAACAGCGUGAUCUCUUCCAUCCCCAGAGUGCAGACUCUGAGGUGAUGUGACAUAUGAAUGGUAUGCCAACAGGUCUGGAAGUAGCAGCUCCUUUCGCUUGAAGCGUGUCUGUGAGGCAAGAGAUGACAGAAGGCAUUAAUUUACUGCGUAUGGUCUGCAAUGUUAGCAAGGGAUUUACAAAGCCAAAGGAGACUAGGCCAUACACUGAGUCAGGAAACCCAGCCAGCCCUAUAUCGAUGACCUCUGUAUGUGUAGGUGAAUCAAACAGAAUUUGUGAGCAGUACC